GGUUCAGAUCUCAGCAGUGCACAGCGAGGAGGACAUCGACCGCUGCGUGGACGCCUUCGUGGAGGGAGGCACCACGGGGCAGCCACCGAGCCAGGAGGGAGCCCAGGAUCAAGCGGGGUCCAGUGCCCAGAGUCAAGGUGACCAUCUGAUUGCGAGAUGGCUGAUGCCCAGAACGUUUCGCUGGACAACCCAGGGAGUGUGGGGGCAGUGGCCGUGCCUGUGGUCUUUGCCCUCAUCUUCCUGCUGGGCACCGUGGGCAACGGGCUAGUGCUGGCGGUGCUGCUGCAGCCCGGCACGAGUGCCUGGCAGGAGCCAGGCAGCACUACGGAUCUGUUCAUCCUCAACCUGGCAGUGGCGGACCUCUGCUUCAUCCUGUGCUGCGUGCCUUUCCAGGCCACCAUCUAUACACUGGACGCCUGGCUCUUUGGGGCCCUCGUCUGUAAAGCCGUGCACCUUCUCAUCUACCUCACCAUGUAUGCCAGCAGCUUCACACUCGCCGCCGUCUCAGUGGACAGGUACCUGGCCGUGCGGCACCCGCUGCGCUCGCGGGCCCUGCGCACCCCGCGCAACGCCCGUGCCGCCGUGGGCCUGGUCUGGCUGCUGGCGACGCUCUUCUCAGCGCCCUACCUCAGCUACUACGGCACGGUGCGCUACGGCGCGCUCGAACUCUGCGUGCCCGCCUGGGAGGACGCGCAGCGGCGCGCCCUGGACGUGGCCACCUUCGCCGCCGGCUACCUGCUGCCGGUGGCUGUGGUGAGCCUGGCCUACGCGCGCACGCUGCACUCCCUGUGGGCGGCCGUGGGCCCCGCGGGCGCUGCAGCGGCAGAGGCCCGGCGCAGGGCCACGGGCCGCGCGGGGCGCGCCAUGCUGGCCGUGGCAGCGCUCUACGCGCUCUGCUGGGGUCCGCACCAUGCGCUCAUCCUCUGCUUCUGGUACGGCCGCUUCGCCUUCAGCCCGGCCACCUACGCCUGCCGCCUGGCCUCGCACUGCCUAGCCUACGCCAACUCCUGCCUCAACCCGCUCGUCUACGCGCUCGCCUCGCGCCACUUCCGCGCGCGCCUCCGCCGCCUGUGGCCCUACGGUCGCCACCGCCGCCAUCGCGCCUGCUGCCCCCGGGGCGCUCGCCGAGCCCUCCGUCGCAUCCGCCCGGCGUCCUCGAACCCUGCGGGCGGCCCCGGGGACGCUCGGCCUCGCGGGAAGCUGCCGGCCGGUGGUGGUGGUGGUGGUGGCUGCGGCGGCUGGGGCAGGGAGCCCGGGAAGGAGCCUGCCUGCGGCCGGGAGGCUGGACCAGCCCUGUGUGCCCGAGGAUCAGAAUAAACCUUGUCCGCCUCCACUCUGC